AUGCCUGCUACAAGGAAGAAACCCAUUGAUCCAUUGCAAAAGCGAAUACCGAAGAAUCCACGUUAUAAUGAUGUUAUUCCUACUGUUGAUACUGGAGCAAGCCUUUCUAGUUAUCUUAAGAAAUUGGAUGAUGCGAGUGAAAAAAAGGCCCAAGUAUCAGAGGGGCGUACGUCAGUGGAUCCUCCUUCAUGUGCUCUAAUGUCGAGUAGACCAACUCUUGAGUCGGUCAUUAAGGGGAUAGGCGAGUUAGACAUGAACCAGAAGAACCAGUCGUGUCUUCAACCGCUGUCUGGCAUUAUAGACACUAUGGAUCGCCCUUACCUUUUACUUGAUGUUCGAGAAAAGGACGAAUUCGACCAAUGCCAUAUAAUUCAAGCUCUUAGUUAUCCACACACAAUGCUUUCUCGCUGCAUGUCAUUCGAAACUCGAGAGAUGUUGGCUUAUAGGAACAAACCUGGGCACAUAAUCAUUUGUUAUGACGAGGAUGAACGGCUUGCUCCCCGUGUCGCCACAAUACUCACUGAGCGCGGGUACGAAAACGUCUUUGUUCUCUCUGGCGGUCUAAAGGUGGCCUGGAAACUGUUUCCUAAAGGACUGAUCUUGGGAGAUGCACCAUUAACUCUGAAAGCGAAACCUGGAAAGAGGCCCAAGCACGAGAAAAAUAUCCUUCGUCUUUCUUCCAUAUCCUCUCCCUCCGUGUGUAAUAGUUUGGAUGAAGACGGAGCCUCCAGCGUACGAAAGUCCACUGCCGGGAGUCACAGCAUAGCUUCUAGCUCGCGACGAGCCAUCAAGUACACGUUUGAUACAUACGAAGCAGUCGGCUCAAGAGGGACUCCUAACGGUGGCGAAGAAUUUACAAUGCUCGACUUGACACAUCUAUCGUUGGCUCUCGACAGCUUUCACGCAUCUGACCUCCGAUUUCUGUUACAGGUGGACGAAGCACGACUGCUCGGACGACUUCAACCAGGCCUGGAUCCGCGCGCUCACGAAUGUCGCGGGCUUCCACUCUGA